AUGCCCGACAGUUCUUCUGACCCCGAGCCGUUCCUCUCGUCGGCCCUGCGCCAACUCGAAAGCCCACACUCGGACAUCCUCGACCUCGCCGCCACGCUCGGCACCCACAGCGACGACGGCGAAACCGCUGCCGAGCCCGACUACGACCACCUGCGCGCCGAAUACUGGCGGCGCGAGCGACAGGUGCAGGACCGCCUGGACCGGUCACGAGAGCACCUGCGCCUGCUGGAGCGCCAGCGAGACGACCCGGACCACGGCGACCGCCUGCGACGAGUUAUGAGCCGCCUCAGCCGCCUGGAGGACUCCAACGCCGCCUCGCAGUAUGGAGACCGCGUGCCCAGCGCCAACAGCCUGUAUGACUGGUCGCCCGCCACCGACGCCGACGACGACGAGCUGGACCACAUCCUCGACGAGCUGCGCCGCGACCAGCCCAACACGCACCCGGACAUCUUGCGCGUGCUGGGGCGCUCGCAGCUCGAGUCGGAGCGCGAGCGCGUGCGCUCCAUAUCCACGCGGCUGAGCUCAGAGCGCGCGGGCGGGGAAUCGCUGCGGUCGACCGCGAUACUGCAGAGUGUGCGCCGCCACCCGCGCUUCUCGGCGCGCAGAGAGUACCUGUCGCGCUACAACGCGGACCGCGACAGAGACGCCAGCAGCCGCCCGAGCCAAAGCCAGCACAGCGAGUCGCAGGCGCGCUUCAUGUCGGAGAGCGCCCGCCAGAUGGCCCUGCAGCGCCUGGCCGCCAGCGAGAACAGGUCGCUGGACCGCGAGCGAAGAGACAUGCUUUCGCGAGCCGACUCGUACCGGCGCAGCUACCUCGACCACCGCACAUCCAACUCGCCGCCCGCCGCCUCCCCGCUGCUCGAACAGACGGUCAAGUACCUCUCGCGGAUACGCCAUGCGGAGACGAUAGACGACAGCCUGAACCAUGCGCUGGCUGCGGGGUUCCUGAGCAAGGACUACUUCUGCAUGCAGUAUGCCGACUUCCUGACAGACACGGCUGCAAUACCGCCGCCAGCUGAGACGUCGUGGCUGGCACCGGGCGCAGUGCUCUCAGGGUGCCAGCACGCUACGAGCGUAGCAGCCACAGUGAACGCGACCGCGCCGGGGACUACGUCAGAUUCAACUCAAUGGCGCUUCUACGACGCAUCCAGUGGGGCCGCCCUCUCGACCCUGCCUCCGCCCACGCGGCCCUGGCUCGCAAACAGCUACUCCACACCCCGAAGUCGAACCUCGCAGCUCUCCCCCGAACCCGUCCCCGCCCCCGCGCCUGCCCAGCAAGACCGCUGGCCCGUCAAGGUCACCAUUCACGCCGUCGACUGGGCCAAGAUGACACUCAGCGCCACCAUGGAAGCGUAUAACGUACCUUCGCACCCGCACCCGCACCAGUCCCUCGUCUCCCAGCAAUACACGCGCACAUCCUCGAUAACAACCUACCUCGAGGGCGAAAUCCUCGACUUCAACCAACACACCCUGCUGACGGAGAGCUUCAAGAGCAACGUCGCCAACGACGCCAUGUACUGGCGCAAACUGCCGCCGUUCUGCGACAUGAAAGAGGAUGACGUUGUGAAAGCCCUGACGAGCAGGAAAUGGUACGACUCGGUCCUCAACAAGGAAUACAUCCUCAUGCGCUGGAAAGAGCGCUGCUUCGUCAAAUCACUCAAUACAUCCGCCCCGCCCCCGUCCUCUACCACACACACGCACAACGCCUCCGACUCGCCAUAUAGACUCGUCCGCGACCCCAACACAAACGCGCUCAAUGUGGAAAUCUCGACCGACACUGAACACGCGACGUUUGAUGAUAGCGGGUGUGGCCUGACGAUUAGUGGAUUCUACUAUGUCUGUUUGAGGAGGAGCGAUGGCGCGCUCCAGGGAUUGUAUUUUGAUCCGCAGAGUAGUCCGUAUCAGUGUCUGGAGUUGGAGAGUCGGAGGGGAGGGGCGGUAGGGGCUUGGGAGUUUAGAUAG